UGCUUUUUGUUUAUCUCUGUGAUAUACCUAUUCUGGAUAAUGUAAUCUGUUACAUAAAUGGAAUCAUGCAGUCCGCCCAUAUGCAGAUAAGCCCACAUACAACAUGAGGAACUGUUAAAGGGUCACGGCAUUAGGAAAGUUGAGAAUCACUGGUCUAAAUGCUUUUGAAAAAUGGUCAGACUCCAGCCUUGACAAAAUUCUAAGGUUUUGGCAGCUAAUCCUUGCUUCAGUGGAGUUUUGAAGACUCCUGAUCUGUUGUUUUCAGUGAUAUUACCCUGCAACUUGCCAUUUUAACUAUACACUGGAAUUCAUCAUUGAAGAUUAAUGAAUAAAAUAGAAAGCGACAUUAUUGUUUUAGAACUUGUGUUUUCUGUCGAAAAGAUGAUGAUUGUCCUAAUAAAUAUGGAGAAAUGAAAACUCAUGAGAAAUGGAAUAUCACUGUACAUUACUAUUGUUUGUUGAUGUCAAGUGGAAUUUGGCAGAGAGGUAAAGAAGAAGAAGGAGUUUAUGGUUUUCUAAUAGAAGACAUAAGGAAAGAAGUGAAUAGAGCUUCUAAACUGAAAUGCUGUGUUUGUAAGAAAACUGGUGCUUCAAUUGGAUGUGUUGCACCUCGAUGUAAACGAAGUUAUCAUUUCCCAUGUGGACUUCAGAGAGAAUGUCUUUUCCAAUUCACUGGCAAUUUUGCGUCAUUUUGUUGGACCCAUCGACCUGUUCAAAUAAUUACACCUAAUAAUUACAGAGAGUCUUUACCAUGCACCAUUUGCUUGGAAUUUAUUGAGCCUAUUCCAACUUACACCAUAUUACGAAGUCCUUGUUGUAAGAAUGCUUGGUUUCAUAGAGACUGUUUACAGGUUCAAGCAAUAAACGCAGGAGUGUUUUUCUUUAGGUGCACAGUAUGCAAUAAUAGUGACAUAUUUCAGAAAGAGAUGUUGAGAAUGGGAAUUCAUAUUCCUGAAAAAGACGCAUCUUGGGAAUUAGAGGAAAAUGCUUAUCAAGAGCUUCUGCAGCACUAUGAGCAUUGUGAUGUACGAAGAUGUCGUUGCAAGGAAGGGCGAGACUAUAAUGUGCCUAAUAGCAAAUGGGAAAUAAAGCGUUGUCAGUGUUGUGGUUCUAGUGGAACACAUCUAGCCUGUUCCUUAUUACAAUCAUGGGAACAAAAUUGGGAGUGUUUGGAAUGCAGAGGUAUUAUCUACAACUCAGGGGGUUUCCAAAAAGCCAAAAAACAUACAUUACCCAACACUAACAUUGUUGGAAUAAAUGAUUGCUUGUUGGAAGAAUCAUCACCUAAAUUACCCAGACAGUCACCUGGAGCCCAGCAUAAAGAUCUGCUGAGGCAAGGCAACAAAUUUAGAAGAGACAUUUCAACAAUAAUUAUAGAGCUAGGAUUUCAAAUUAUUAAGAAAACUAAAAGAUUAUAUAUCAACAAAGCUGAUAUCUGGAAUAGUGCCUUAAAUGGAUUCAGAAAUCAAAAGUUUAAUCCUUCAUACACAAUUGAAGUUGUAUAUAUUCAUGAAAAUGAUAAUUUUGGAAUAGAGCAUCCUGGAUCAAAGCAAGAAUUCCUAACUCUUUUAAUGCAACAUCUUGAGAACUCACCAUUAUUUGAAGGGUCCUUGUCAAAGAACUUGACCCUAAAUUCUCAAGCUGUGAAGGAGAAUCUUUACUAUGAAGCUGGCAAAAUGCUUGCCAUUUCUUUGGUUCAUGGUGGUCCUUCACCUGGUUUCUUUUCUAAAACCUUGUUUAACUGCCUUGUUUAUGGACCAGAAAAUACCUUACCGGUUUUAGAUGAUGUUUCAGACUUUGAUGUGGCACAGAUUUUAAUCAGGGUAAAUACUGCAACAAAUGUAGCUGACUUAAACUCAGUUAUGAAUGAAUGCUAUAACUACCUAGAGCUUAUUGGAUGUCUAAGACUUAUAACAUCGUUAAGUGAUAAAUAUAUAUUGGCAAAAGACAUACUUACUCACCAUGUAAUUAAGAGAGUCCAAGCACCUUUUGAAAGUUUUAAGCAGGGUCUGAAAACUCUUGGUGUUUUGGAGAAAAUUCAGACUUAUCCAGAAGCAUUUUAUAGCAUCUUCUGUCAUAAACCUGAGAAUCUUUCUGCAAAAAUCCUUAGUGAUCUUUUUACAGUACACACGUUAUCUGAUGCACAGUCUUUGGGGUUUUGGAACAGUUACUUACAGGCUGUUGAGGAUGGUAAAUCUGCAACAACACUGGAAGACAUUCUUAUUUUUGCAACUGGCUGCAAUUCCAUUCCACCUGCUGGAUUUAAACCCACUCCUUCAAUUGAGUGCCUUCAAACAGAUUUUCCUGUUGGAAACAAGUGUCAUUCUUUGUGUCAAGUAAAAAGCCUUCAUUUGAGAAAUCACUUGACUUCUACUUUAUACCAAAAGUUUUUAUCAUUUUUGUCCCUACUAAUAUGGAAGCUAGUGGAGUUUUUGCACUUGCUACUUAAUGCUAAGGAAAGUAUAAUAGUGGCUUUGAAACGUAUGUUGAAUUUCAAUGUGCCUCAUGUUAAAAACAGCACUGGAGAACCAGUAUGGAAGGUGCUCAUUUAUGACAGAUUUGGCCAAGAUAUCAUCUCUCCUCUGCUAUCUGUGAAGGAACUGAGAGACAUGGGAAUCACUCUGCACCUGCUUUUGCACUCAGAUCGAGAUCCUAUUCCAGAUGUUCCUGCAGUGUAUUUUGUAAUGCCAACUGAAGAAAAUAUUGACAGAAUGUGCCAGGAUCUUCGGAAUCAACUCUAUGAAUCAUAUUACUUAAAUUUUAUUUCUGCUAUUUCAAGAAGUAAACUGGAAGAUAUUGCAAAUGCAGCAUUAGCAGCUAAUGCAGUACCACAGGUAGCCAAGGUUUUUGAUCAGUAUCUCAAUUUUAUUACUUUGGAAGAUGAUAUGUUUGUUUUAUGUAAUCAAAAUAAGGAGCUUGUUUCAUAUCGUGCUAUUAACAGGCCAGAUAUCACAGACACAGAAAUGGAAACUGUUAUGGAUACUAUUGUUGACAGCCUCUUCUGCUUUUUUGUUACACUAGGUGCUGUUCCUAUAAUCAGAUGUUCCAGGGGAACAGCAGCAGAAAUGGUGGCAGUGAAACUAGACAAGAAACUUAGGGAAAAUCUAAGAGAUGCAAGAAACAGUCUUUUUACAGGUGACACACUUGGAGCUGGCCAAUUCAGCUUCCAAAGGCCUCUAUUAGUCCUUGUUGACAGAAACAUAGAUUUGGCAACUCCUUUACACCAUACUUGGACAUAUCAAGCAUUGGUGCAUGAUGUACUGGAUUUUCACUUAAACAGAGUUAAUCUGGAAGAAUCUUCAGGAUUGGAAAGUUCUCCAGCUGGUGCUAGACCAAAGAGAAAAAGCAAGAAGUCUUAUGAUUUAACUCCAGUGGAUAAAUUUUGGCAGAAACAUAAAGGAAGUCCAUUCCCAGAAGUUGCAGAAUCAGUUCAGCAGGAACUAGAAUCUUACAGAGCACAGGAAGAUGAAGUUAAACGACUUAAAAGCAUUAUGGGACUAGAAGGGGAAGAUGAAGGAGCCAUAAGUAUGCUUUCUGACAAUACUGCUAAGCUAACAUCAGCUGUUAGUUCUUUGCCAGAACUCCUCGAAAAAAAAAGACUUAUUGAUCUCCACACAAAUGUUGCCACUGCUGUUUUAGAACAUAUAAAGGCACGAAAACUAGAUGUAUAUUUUGAAUAUGAAGAAAAAAUAAUGAGCAAAACUACUCUCGAUAAAUCGCUUCUAGAUGUAAUAUCAGACCCUGAUGCCGGAACUCCAGAAGAUAAAAUGAGGCUGUUUCUUAUCUAUUAUAUAAGUGCACAGCAGGCACCUUCUGAGGCUGACUUGGAACAAUACAAAAAAGCUUUAACUGAUGCAGGAUGCAACCUUGAUCCCUUACAGUAUAUCAAACAGUGGAAGGCUUUUGCCAAGAUGGCCUCAGCUCCUGCCAGCUAUGGCAACACUACCACUAAGUCAAUGGGUCUCUUAUCACGAGUCAUGAAUACUGGAUCACAGUUUGUGAUGGAAGGAGUGAAGAACCUGGUAUUGAAACAGCAAAAUCUGCCUGUGACCCGUAUUUUAGACAAUCUCAUGGAGAUGAAGUCAAACCCUGAAACUGAUGACUUUAGAUAUUUUGAUCCCAAAAUGCUACGGGGCAAUGACAGCUCAGUUCCAAGGAACAAAAAUCCAUUCCAAGAGGCAAUUGUUUUUGUGGUGGGAGGAGGCAACUACAUUGAAUAUCAAAAUCUUGUGGACUACAUAAAGGGGAAACAAGGCAAACACAUUUUAUAUGGCUGCAGUGAACUUUUUAAUGCUACACAGUUCAUAAAACAGCUGUCACAACUUGGACAGAAAUAGCACAGAAGAACCUUACUAUGAGACUCGACUUGGAUAGAUGUAAAAAGAAAAGUCAAAGAGCCAGCUGCUUCCUUCUCUGUAUCAGUGUCCUAACAGUGAAACUUAAGAGUUGUUUAUUUUUAAGGAAAUCCUAUACUUAAUAUAAUGUGUACUGAUUAAAAGAAUAAAGCAUUUCAGAAAUAAAUUUUUAACAUUG